AUGGCAUUCGUCAACGCGUUAAAGACCAGCGCGUCCAUGGCUCAACAUCGGCCGACAGCAUUACGUCCUCUUAUUCAACAUGCCGUGCGUAUGGCUCCCAUGACAGUACAACCGAGUCGAGUGGUAGCAGCACGUUUCCAGUCAACGACGACGGCACAGCAGAGUGGUUCCGAAAAAAAGUAUUCAGACACGACCAAAAAGCUUGUAUACGGCCUUGCUCGAAUGUUGGGAUGGAACUCAAAGCCCUCUGUGGCUAUCCGUACCAGUCAUCAAUUAUACAAUUCAUGUGCAAAGCAAGUGGAAGCCAACAAGGCAUUCUUUAUUGAAGCUUGCAACCUUCCUGACAAUUUUCAAUCUUGGUUCUCGGUGACACAACUUCAUGUCUGGAUGUUGAUGGUUCGACUACGAGCUGAUGAUAAUGGCAAGAUGCUUAUUCAAGAAUUGGUCAAUCGUCUCUUUGAAGAUGCAGAGGCACGCAUUCGAGAACAUGAUAUCACGCAGCAAAGAAUGAUCAACAAUUACAUUCAAGAUUUCCUUGCCCAAUUCCAUGGUGGUGUUGUCUCGUACGAUGAAGGCAUGUGCAAGGAUGAUCCCGUUUUAGCAGCUGCAUUGUGGAGAAACCUUUUUGCACCCACAUCGAACAAUGCCGUCAACCUUGCAUUGGUGGUUCAAUAUAUCCGAAGAGAGCUGAAAGCAUUAGAUGAGCUAGAUGGUGAAAAACUCAAUGCUGGCAUUGUGCAAUUUGGCAAACCCGACAUGACCUUUUGA